AGUUUUAUUCAUACCAUAUAAUUACCAUCUAAAACCGAGCCGCCAAAGUCCCCACUCUCCUUAAUGACGGUACGAUCCCGUCCAUCACCAGUCCCAACUCGUCUCUCUCUAUAAUCUCUUUCGUCCGAUUUAACUCCGGCCACUGUCUGCUCUCAUCUCAGCUUGCUUGAAAUUAUUCUACUUUUCAUAAAAGAUUUCCCCAAUUUCUCCUAUCUUUUUACUCGUUACUUCUGGCUUCUAAAAGACCUCGCCAGUGAUUCUUUGGAUGAGGUACAAGUUUUGAUCUUUAGGAGCAAGCUCACGUGAAUUAGGAGGAAUAUGGAAGGAAUUGUUGGUGCGAAUUUAUUGACCUAUUGCAAGUACUGAACUGAGUAAGUCAAAGAGGAAGCAUUGGCUGACGAGAUUCAGUUUCAUUCAAAAUGGAGACUUGCAACUGUGUUGAGCCACAAUGGCCAGCUGAGGAACUUUUGAUGAAGUAUCAAUAUAUUUCAGAUUUCUUCAUUGCUCUUGCUUAUUUCUCCAUCCCUCUAGAGCUCAUUUAUUUUGUUAAGAAAUCAGCAGUUUUUCCUUAUAGAUGGGUGCUUGUGCAGUUUGGUGCUUUUAUAGUUCUAUGUGGGGCAACACAUCUUAUUAAUUUGUGGACUUUUACUAUCCAUACGCGAACUGUGGCAAUUGUAAUGACCAUAGCAAAAGUUUUAACUGCUGUAGUGUCUUGCAUAACCGCCCUUAUGCUUGUGCACAUAAUUCCUGAUCUUUUGAGUGUUAAAACUAGAGAACUAUUUUUGAAAAACAAGGCUGCAGAACUUGAUAGAGAGAUGGGCUUGAUCCGUACACAGGAAGAAACAGGCCGGCAUGUUAGGAUGUUGACUCAUGAGAUCAGGAGUACGCUUGAUAGACAUACCAUACUAAAGACCACUCUUGUUGAACUGGGUAGGACGUUAGCUUUGGAAGAGUGUGCCUUGUGGAUGCCCACCCGAACUGGAUUAGAGCUUCAACUUUCCUACACUCUUCGUCCGCAGAAUCCUGUUGGAUAUACUGUGCCUAUCCAGCUUCCUGUGAUUAAUCAAGUAUUCAGUAGUAACCGUGCUGUAAAAAUAUCACCCAACUGUCCAGUGGCAAGAAUACGGCCUUUUGCUGGAAAAUAUAUGCCUGGAGAGGUGGUUGCUGUUCGAGUUCCACUUCUUCAUCUCUCUAAUUUCCAAAUUAAUGAUUGGCCUGAGCUUUCUACCAAACGCUAUGCUUUGAUGGUUUUAAUGCUUCCCUCAGAUAGUGCAAGGCAGUGGCAUGCUUAUGAGUUGGAGCUUGUUGAAGUAGUUGCUGACCAGGUGGCUGUUGCUCUAUCACAUGCUGCUAUCUUAGAAGAGUCAAUGAGGGCAAGGGAUCUUCUUAUGGAGCGGAAUGUUGCACUUGAUCUUGCAAGGAGAGAAGCAGAAACAGCUAUCCGUGCUCGCAAUGAUUUCUUAGCUGUCAUGAACCAUGAGAUGAGAACUCCCAUGCAUGCAAUUAUUGCACUUUCUUCCUUACUGCAAGAAACUGGACUGACGCCUGAGCAGCGCCUGAUGGUUGAGACAAUUCUUAAGAGUAGUAACCUGUUGGCUACUUUAAUAAAUGAUGUAUUAGACCUUUCAAGGCUUGAAGAUGGCAGUCUUCAGCUUGACCUGGGAACUUUUAAUCUACGUGCUGUAUUCAGGGAGGUCCUUAACUUGAUCAAGCCUAUUGCAUCUGUUAAAAAGUUGCCUGUUACUUUAAAUUUAGCUCCAGAUUUGCCAGAAUAUGCCAUUGGUGAUGAGAAACGUCUUAUGCAAACCAUUUUAAAUGUUGUUGGUAAUGCUGUGAAGUUCUCUAAAGAAGGCAACAUCUCAAUAACUGCUUUUGUUGCUAGACCAGAAUCAUUAAGAGAUCUUCGGUUUCCUGAUUUUUUCCCAGUGCCAAGUGAUGAUCACUUUUAUUUGCGUGUACAGGUAAAAGAUGAGGGACUAGGUAUAAACCCCCAAGAUAUUCCUAAGUUGUUUACUAAAUUUGCACAAAAUCAAUCAUUGGCAACCAGAAAUUCUGGUGGCAGUGGACUUGGCCUUGCAAUUUGUAAGAGGUUUGUAAAUCUUAUGGAAGGACACAUCUGGAUAGAGAGUGAAGGACUUGGCAAGGGAUGCACUGCUAUCUUUGUUGUAAAACUUGCUAUUCUUGAGUGCUCAAAUGAAUCGAAGCAUCCUUUCAUGCAGAAAGGGCCAGCAAAUCAUGGGCAAACAACUUUUUCUGGGCUGAAAGUUCUUGUAAUGGAUGAUAACGGGGUUAGCAGGAUGGUAACAAAAGGACUUCUCGUGCACUUGGGUUGUGAUGUGACCACUGUGAGCUCCAGCGAUGAGUGUUUACGAGUAGUUUCUCUGGACCACAAGGUGGUAUUUAUGGAUGUGUGCAUGCCUGAUGGUUUUGAAGUUGCUAUCCGCAUACAUGAAAGAUUCACAAAACGUCAUGAAAGGCCAUUAAUAGUGGCGCUUACUGGAAACGCAAACAAGGUGACAAAGGAAAACUGCAUGAAGGUCGGCAUGGAUGGUGUAAUACUGAAACCUGUCUCUGUUGACAAGAUGAGGGGUGUUUUAUCAGAUCUUCUGGAGCAUCGGGUUCUAUUCGAGGCCAUGUAAACAGUAGGGAUGUAAAUGACAUGUGCAACCAGUUAAUGAAACCCAGAUGGAACAAACAGUUCCAGGACUGUGGAGAACCGAGCAUAUCCCUUGAAAAUGAAUUUUUUGUUGUUCCUGUUCUUUAAAUUGAAUUUGUAUAAAACAGAUUGUCAUACAAUGAUACCUAAAUUACCCCCAUUGUCUCCUC